AUGGCGGUUCCAAAAAAACGUACUUCUAUAUCAAAAAAGCAUAUUCGUAGAAAUUUUUGGAAGAGAAAGGGAUAUUGGGCAGCGGUAAAAGCUUUUUCUUUAGCUAAAUCCAUUUCUACCGGUUAUUCAAAAGGUUUUUUUGUACGACAAAAAAAAUGA